CUAAAACAAUCGAAGCCCUAGACUAGCGCACCAAUUCUUACCCACGGAAUAUUCAAACAAUCGGAUGUACCCGACCAAAAUUUCUCAGACUUUGAACUUCAACAGUGGAAAUUGAAUUCGCGAUCCUCCCCACCACCAAUCUAUCUCUACCUUCGACCUUCCACAACACCCAGUCUUAUUGCCAGUACGCCAGAUCGCCAAAUCGCCAGAUUUAAAUCAACAUGUCUGACAACGGCGAGGUCGAGGUCGAGUCCUCCUCCUACCAGGUCCUUCCCAAGGAUGUUACCUCCGAGAUUGGCAGCAUUAAGCUGUUCAACCGAUGGAGCUACGAGGAUGUCGAGAUCCGCGAUAUCUCAUUGACCGAUUACAUCCAGAUCCGAUCCCCCGUCUACAUUCCUCACUCCGCUGGACGAUAUGCCGCUAAGCGAUUCCGCAAGGCCAACUGCCCCAUCAUCGAGCGAUUGACCAACUCACUUAUGAUGCACGGCCGCAACAACGGAAAGAAGCUUAUGGCUGUCCGAAUUGUUGCCCACUCCUUCGAGAUCAUCCACCUGAUGACCGACCAGAACCCUAUCCAGAUUGCUGUUGAUGCCAUCGUCAACUGCGGUCCCCGAGAAGACAGCACCCGUAUCGGUUCCGCCGGUACCGUCCGACGACAGGCCGUCGAUGUGUCUCCUCUCCGACGAGUGAACCAGGCCAUUGCCCUUCUCACCAUCGGUGCCCGAGAGGCCUCUUUCCGCAACGUCAAGUCGAUUGCCGAGUGCCUGGCUGAGGAGUUGAUCAACGCUGCCAAGGGAAGCAGCAACUCGUACGCUAUCAAGAAGAAGGACGAGUUGGAGCGUGUCGCCAAGAGCAACCGAUAAACGGUUUGCUCUUUCUGGGUUUUCUUCGGCGUGGACGAUCUGGGCAUUUUACACUGCAUUUGUGCGUUUCUGGCUCAGGCGGGAUGUGGUCUUAUGGCAUACUAGUCACAUAGGGCUUCCUCAAUAAAAGGCUCUGCCCGUUGCGGGCGCAUCAUGAACUGAAACAACAAUUAAUCUCACCACUGGUCUUUUGUCCCUAGUAGGAUUGUGAUUGCGUAGUGUGAUAUUGCU